AUGCCCAUCAGCAAGAAGGACAGAAGAGCUCGUGAGCAGAAGGCUGGUGAUAAGGCCGGUACUCGCGCCGCCGUCAAGGCCAAUGGUCUCCCGGUCAAGGCUCCCAAGCCCACAUCCAUCUGCCAAAACUGUCGCAAGGAGAUUGUCAACACCAACAAAAUCCAGUUGGAGGUGCACGCUGGCACCCACGACCCUAAGCUGUGGCCCAAGGAAAAGUGCUGGCCCAACGACUUUUAG